UUCUUCUGGGGUUCAAGUACUUCGAAAGUUUUUAGCUUCAGCUGCUCUGCUUGCUUUCUCCUUCUUAAAAUCCUAUUUAUUAAUAAAUAAUAAACCAAAGCUCUGCUCUAUACAAACGUCGACUCUCUCUCUCUCUCUCUCUCUCUCUCUCUCUAGCUCAGCAAACCAAGUUGUGAUCCCGUUGUUUCUGGACCUCCAGUUGUCGGUUUCCGGUUGGAUUUGGCCGGAGAAUGGCAUAUAUGUGCGCAGACAGUGGCAAUCUAAUGGCGAUUGCUCAGCAAGUCAUCAAGCAGAAGCAGCAGCAGGAGCAGCAACAACAGCAGCACCAUCACCACCAACAGCAGCCGCUCGGCGCUUUCUCUCUCACUCCCUGGCCCAACAACACUCACAGCCCCAAUUUGGGCUACGGGUUAACCGGGUCGGGGUUUCCCGACCCAUUUCAGCUUUCCGGAAGCUCUGACGCCGGCGGGGAGCCUGGGUUUCCGUUUCCCAACUUGGAUCACCACCCCACUGGGUUCCGGUUUUCUGAUUUAGGCGGCGGUGGCGCUGCCGAGUUCGACUCGGACGAGUGGAUGGAUAGUAUCAUAGGCGGUGGGGAUUCAACGGAUAGUUCUAAUCUGCCCUCUGCUUGCGACACGUGGCAUGGCAGCAAUGCUGAUUUCGGUCUCUACGGUGCCGAUCCAUUCCAACCCCCCUGCCCGAGUCGACUCAGCAACCCCUGCUCCCCACCGUCCGAUCUCAACCGAGUCAUCUUCUCUGAAACUCAGAACCAGUUGCCAGCCUGGACCGCCCCUCCUCCGCCGCCACCAACACCGCAUGUUGUAGUCAAACAGGCCAAAUCAGCAGACCCUCCUCCUCCGCAGCCAAACGAUGCCGUUGGGGUCUCGUCAAGGUCGCCGGAGAUCGAGUCAGCGCCGCCGCUACUGAAGGCUCUACUCGACUGCGCCCGGCUCGCCGAGUCCGACCCGGACCGCGCCGUCAAAUCACUGAUUCGACUCAGAGAAUCGGUCUCAGACCGCGGAGAUCCAACUGAAAGAGUUGGUUUUUACUUCACCGAAGCGUUGCAGAGCAGAGUGUUGUCUCUGCAAUCGGAGAAAAGCUUGGCGGCCACCACGACCUACGACACUGCUUGCGAAGACUUCACUCUCUCUUACAAGGCCCUAAACGACGCUUGCCCCUAUUCCAAGUUUGCCCAUUUGACUGCGAACCAGGCCAUUCUCGAAGCGACGGAGAGAGCGACGAAGAUCCACAUAGUCGACUUCGGAAUCGUUCAAGGGGUCCAAUGGGCCGCUCUGUUGCAGGCCCUGGCGACCAGGUCGACCGGAAAACCCAGCAGAAUUCGGAUCUCCUCCGGCAUCCCCGCUCCGUCUCUGGGGACAUCGCCGGUGGCCUCGCUGUUCGCUACUGGAAAUCGACUGCGCGAGUUUGCCAAGCUUCUGGAAUUGAACUUCGAGUUCGAACCGAUUCUCACUCCGGUUCAAGAGCUCGACGAGUCGUGCUUCCGGGUAGAACCGGACGAGGCCUUGGCUGUGAACUUGAUGCUCCAAUUGUACAACCUACUUGAUGAGACUCCAACGGCAGUUCAAUCUGCUCUGAAGCUAGCUAAAUCGCUGAACCCGAAGAUUGUGACUUUGGGCGAGUACGAAGCGAACUUGAACCGGGUUGCAUUCACGAGCCGGUUCAAGAACGCGUUGAAGUACUACACCGCACUGUUUGAGUCGCUGGAGCCGAACAUGACCCGAGACUCGCCGGAGAGGCUUAAAGUGGAGAAGCUUUUACUGGGUCGUCGAAUUGGCGGCGUGGUUGGGCCGGAGCAACCGGGGACCAAGAGAGAACGGUUCGAAGACAAAGAGCAAUGGAAGUAUUUGAUGGAAAGCUCCGGUUUUGAGCCGGUAGCACUUAGCCAUUACGCAGUGAGCCAGGCCAAGAUCCUUCUUUGGAACUACAACAAUUCUUUGUAUUCUCUAAUUGAAUCUCCACCUGGGUUUCUCUCUUUGGCUUGGAACGAAGUUCCUCUGUUCACUGUUUCAUCAUGGCGUUAAUGGGUUUUGCUUCAAUUUGGGAAUUGGGUUUUUCACCAGGUCUUUUAAUACUGGGUGGAAGCCUAUUAGUUUCAGUACGCCAUUGACAGUGGUCUUAGUUCAGUGCUUCUUCUUCUUCAUAAUCAGAAAUGGAACUCAAGACUGCCCUAGUGAACUUACAGUUAGUAUUCAUUUUACUUCAGCAUAUAAAAUCACCUCCACCACCAUCACUCUUUUGAGCUUUUUGGUUCACAAAUUGCUUGUUAAUUUUUGUAGUUUGUUCCUAGUUUUUGAUCAUUCUCCAACGUUAUCAUGGUCUUCUUUGGUUUUUUUCUUUUGUUUUUUCGGUUGGGGUUUUUCUUACAGGUUUGAGACUCUGAAUAUGACUAAUUGUAAAAAAAAAAAAGGGCAUUGAAAAUCAAAUCAAGGGGUAACAAGGUUCUGCCCCCUUUGUUGUCUGUAGUUUCUGUAUGUAAAUUUGAAUCUUCAUAUUGAAUUUAGUUUCUAUUUCUUCA